UCUUGCUCUCUCAUUAUAUUUACUUCAACAAACUUGUAAUAUUAAUUCUGAAGACAAAAUGAAGGCUUCUUUUAUGUUCAAUCUCUUUCUUCUCUCCUUUAUCCUUUAUCAAGCUCAAGGUAUAAGGCUCAAAACAUCUUUAAUAUCAUCUAGCGACCAUCAAGAACUCAUCACUAAGACUACAUUAAGCAUUCAAGACGAUGAAUCAGCCAGGGCUAGCAACCUUUCACCAGGCAUAGAUAGAAAACUUAUGGCAAAAAUAUUAUCUUCAGAUCCUCACUCCACCAAUAGCAAGAAUUACAAGCCGCAAUCGGAUUUAAAGUUUACUCAUAGCCGACUAGGAAAAGAUGAGAAUUUUUCAACGACCUCGGUUCCAGUAAGUUCAAAACACGGAAAGACGGAAAUCGUAUCAGAACCAUAUCCAGACGUUGUAGACAUAACAGGGAUGGAUUAUUCUCCAGCCAAGAGAAAACCACCUAUACACAAUUGAAUCCAAAACAUUAGUUGAUAUUAGUUAAAACAUACAGUGGUCUAAGAUUCAUAUACUCGAACCCUCUAC